AGGUAACAAAUUAGAGGGAUAUAAAAUCAAGGGAGAGAACGUAGUGUCAUUUCAAACUUUGAUUCAUACAGGACUAAGCUCAUUUCAUUACGAUCAGGAGUUCUAUAUUUGCAACAAUUUAAGCACUGUGUCUGGUUGGUAACAUUUGUGUCGCAUAGGCUAUUAACUAUAUGGUAAAGCAAUAUCUAGAUCUACAGAUAUGCGUUUCAAUCUCACAAGAAAAAAUAAGAAGAAUGGAAACCGGAGUGUGUAUGUUCCCAAGGAUAGAAAGUCAUUCUUAAAAAAGAAAAACAUCAAGGCUAAGUUGAAACAUUUUGUUAAAAGUGUCAAGGCGAAAGAAGAAAAGUCUUCGAUUGAAAGAAUCAACUUUCUCCACGGGUUGGACCGAAUCCUCUACCAUACGACGCUCUUCUGCCAAACUGUGGUCAAAGAACAGAUGAUAACGUGCCUGAGCUUUAUGCCACGUGACGAGUUCAAGCGACGUCUGCGACAAAAGUUCCGGGAAGAGUUCAAGGCCAUGCGGGUCAUGAACGACGUCAUCCAGUGCGCACACCUUGGCCAGAAACCUUUCAGCUGCCCCAUGUCUUACGAGGCUUACCCCGACAUCGUACAGAGGUUGGAUGAGGUCAUGGUCAAAACGAAAUGCCCUUGCAACGACCCUACCAAUAAGACGUACUUGGACCCCCAGGCUAAACUUCUGGCAGAAGACAACAUUGGCGGGAAAUUUAAAAGUGAGAGAGAGCGUGAGAGACUAGAAAAUCAAAGAAAAUUUGUUCAGGCCAUUCAAAGUAUUGAGGCAAUUACAGCUCAUUUUCUGAAACUACAAACGAACACGCAACAAGACUAAGUCAUAACCUACUUUGAACAAUUUAAUAUGAACAAUACAAUGUAAGCAGUACAAUCUGAACAAUACAAUCUGAACAGUACAAUCUGAACAAUACAAUCUGAACAAUGUAAUCUGAACAAUACAAUUGGGACGAUACAGUUUGAACUACACAAUGUCUUUACACAAACUGAAGCCUAACUUUGUGGUAACGAAAAUCGUGUUAACAAACGUUA